CCCCUACAAUUCAUCCACUUUACCCCCACAGAUAUUGGCGAGGCUUGUUCUGAGUUCACUGUGCUGCCGCCCGUGCCGGCUGGUUUCGUCAAUGGCAUAUAUCUAUUAUUGUCGACUGGUGUCUGUCGUGUUCUGCCCGUUGGAAAAAAAAAAGAUUCUUUGAGUUUUGGUUUUGUUGUUUCAGCGUUGCAAUCCAUCUUCCAUCGCCAUUCCACGCCCCCCUUCCAAAAAUGAACAUGGAUUCUAUGGACAUGGACAUGUCAUCAACCUCAACAACAAUGUCAAUGGCGACAGCCACAACAACCGGCAUGGACAGCAUGGCUUCUUCGACAGACCCAUCGUCCAUGUCCGGCAUGGACAUGUCCGACACAUCAAUGUCCAUGUCCAUGUCCACCAUGUCAAUGACAUUCUUCACCUCGACCAAAACCCUCCUCUUCUCAAACGCUUUCAGUCCGACGACAGAAGGCCAGUACGCGGGGACGUGUAUCUUCCUCAUUGCCCUCGCACUCAUUCUGCGGUUUAUGAUUGCGCUCCGGCCGGUUCUUGAGCGGAGGGUUUGGAAUGAUGGGCCGCGAGGGAGGCGGGUUGGGCAUGGGGUGGGUGAUUUGAGUGUGGUUGUCGAGGAGGCGGUUUCCGAGAAGCCAGGAGGAAGAAGUAAGGUUACGGUCGCGCAGGACAUCCGCAGUCGCUGGUCGAACUGGAAGGUGAAUUGUGCGGGAGGGAGGGCGACGUAUGAGGUUGUUGUUGCAGGGGUCGCGUAUCUAUUGAUGCUGGCGGUCAUGACAAUGAACGUGGGCUACUUCCUCUCUGUCCUCGGUGGAAUCUGGCUGGGGACAUUUAUUCUCGGCGCUGUGGCUGCUGAUACGCACUGGUCGCAUAGUUGAGGGUUUCGGCGCACUAUUCCGAGGUAUUGAUUAGUCGGACGUGUAUCUAUGGCACCUAAUAUCGAUGCACAUAUGUCGUUCUUGAUACCAAGCCAUAUAAUUUCGGCUGCUUUCAAGCUGUCGUUAUUGGAUAUGUCGGGGUCUUGCUUCGCUCGCUUAGCAUCGACAAAGUAUACACCCUUAGGAAUGCGCGACCGACCUCGUCAUGGAGGCAUGCUCCUUUCUGUUCCAUAACUGGAAGGCAUGCCCAGUGAGGCCGGCCGGUCGUGCCUUCCUCAUGUAGCCUGAUUCAUUCCGC